ACAAUACAGACAGUUGCCGGGAGAGGGUAAUUUGCAUAAAAGUGCGCGGGUUCUCAAAUAAGCGCUACCUGAAGCCCGCGGAAUUGUGGCUGAUAACGGUCCCCAGACGUGCGCACUUUCCCCUUUAGUGUCGGACAGAGGGACCGUGAGCGCAUGGCAUUUCCGGUGGGCGGGACUAGCGGCUGGUGACGGUGCCGCGGGGGCUGGUGGGAAGAAGGCAAAGUGACGCCAUCUUGUUGUGCGCGGCGGAUGUGAGGAGAGACCCCGGAGUGAGGGACACACAGAGAUGUGAGUGGAGAGAUGUCGUGGGAAGGAGUAGCAGAUGUACUAAAUAAUCGGAGGCAGGAGCUCACAGUAACAGACCCUUAGACAGAGGGAGAGAGGAACUGAGAUGAAAACUCACUGAGGGGCCGACCCCACUGACCCCACAUAAAGAGUUGAGGGAAUCUGAAGAACUUGCCCCAAACAGCGAGAUCAUUGAGCAACUGACCCAGGGCUCAUUGGACUGGGGAACUGACCACAAACAGAUAGGUGGGAGUGAAUAAUGAGAGAUUUACCCAAGAGAGAUGUUUAGAGGCCACUGAGACACCCCCUGAGAGUGAGAGAGCACCCUGAGACACUGGCCCCAGAGAGGCCCAGAAAGAGAGAGGGGCAUCAGAAGAACAAGGGCAGAUGGAGAAGCCAACGAAGCCCCUGAAGAAGCGCAGGAGAGAUGUUGAGGAGAAGGAAGAUGGAGUCCCAGAUCUGAUCCAGCAGCUUGAGAUUGAGAAGAACGAGUUGGCCAAGAAGAUCCGUCACAUUGAGAAGAUGUGCAACAUGGUCGAUCCAAUAACUGUCCUACAGGAACCGAAAUCCAAUGGAUCAAUCCAUUGUGGUACCGAGGGGGAGGAUAAUGAGGAUGAGGAGAGAAAAUCUCCUGUUGUGGCCAAUGACCUUGAUUGUAAGUCCUCAGUGUAUGGGCAGCAGGCGACUGGCAUGGAGCUGGAUGUGGGCGUGGCCUCUAAUCUCGUUGUCAUAUCGGAGGACGGCAAAACCGUUUCCUACACACGAACAGACCAGCGUCGCCCACUUACACCCGAAAGAUUCCAGGAUUAUGCCCAAGCCUUAUGCACCAGGAAGUUCACAUCGGGCCGACAUUACUGGGAGAUCGAAGGCAGUGAACUGGGUUACUGGUGGGUGGGAGUUUCCUAUGCGACGGUAGAGAAGGGCGGAGACUUGUCCAGCCUGGGCAAUAACAGCAAGUCGUGGUGUUUGUACCGGUGGAACUAUAAGUAUUCAGUGAGACAUAACGGGAAAGUGACGGAUUUAAUCCUCCGACCUUACUGUGGCAAUAUCCGAAUCAUGUUGGACUACGACGCAGGUCACCUGACCUUCUAUGAACUGUCCGACCCAAUGCGACACUUGCACACGUUCACUGCCAUCUUCACUGAGCCACUUCAUGCUGCAUUCAGGGUAUGGGGGGAUGAUGCCUGGGUAAAGAUCGUUAGCUAAUGAGAUAUGUCUGUAGGGUCAGCUGACACCCACAGCAGCCAAUCAUGAGCAGCCUCCCUAGCCAUAACAUACACCGACAUCUCAUCUACAGGCAGAACAUCUCAAGUUUUGGUGGUGUUGGAGUACGGUGAAUUCUUGGCACGUUGAAUUGAGGGCUGAGACUCUUAUUUUCAUGGUUUAAGAAGAGAAGAAUAUAUCCAGAUAACAAAUGUAUAUACAGGUAAUUUGUAGUUUGCCAAUAAAUGUUCAUCUGGA